UUGAUGACUAGCAGGACUGGGAAGGACAGCCAGCAACAUGGACAAGAGACGCUACAUCCUGGAGCCCCCUGAGGUGAAGGACUACCUGCUGAAGGGGGACAGGUUCACCAAAUGGUCCGAGGAGUCCACAAAAACUGUUACUGUCACCAUGAAAAUGGACCCUAAGGGCUAUUACCUCUACUGGACCAACCAGAGCAAGGAGACAGAGUUUCUAGACAUCCAAACCAUCCGAGACACCAGAUCAGGGAAAUAUGCAAAACUUCCUAAACACCCGAAGGUCAGGAAUGUGUUCAACCUGGACUUUCCAGACAGCCACCAUCUGGCCAAAACCUUGACCAUUGUUUCAGGUCCAGAUAUGGUCAAUCUGACCUACCACAACUUCUUUGCCUACAAAGAGAAAGUGACGCAGAACUGGGCUGAUGAUAUCCUGGCCAUAGCUUACAACCCUCAGAGGAAUAACGCAUGCAGACAAGUCUUCCUGGACAAGAUGUAUGUUCGCAUCUCUCUUCACACCAACAAGGAUGGCAAGAUCCCUGUCAAACAUGUUUACAAAAUGUUUCCUGCCGACAAGAAGCGAGUGGAAAGUUCCCUGGCCUCAGCCCACCUGCCCAAAGGGAAGGGCGACACCAUGAAGCCGGACGUCUUUACCGAGGCUGCCUUCAAGUCCUUCCUGAUGAACCUGUGUCCUCGACCAGAAAUCUACGAGAUCUUCACCUCCUACUCUGCCAAGGCCAAGCCCUACAUGACCAAGGACAGCCUAGCCAAGUUCAUCAACGACAAGCAGCGAGACGGUCGGCUGAACGAGGAGCUGUUCCCCCGGACCAGGCCGGACCAGGUCAAGGCCCUCAUAGAGAAGUACGAGCCUUGCUCAUCCAACGCCAACCGAGGUCAGAUAUCUCCCGAGGGCCUCCUGUUCUACCUGCUGGGCACUGAGACCUCUGUGGUGAUCCUGGACAAGCUGGCCCGCUGCCAGGACAUGAACCAGCCUCUUCCUCACUACCUCAUCAAGUCCUCUCACAACACCUACCUGACAGCCGGUCAGUUUUCUGGUGUGUCGUCCCCUGAGAUGUACCGCCAGUGUCUGCUGGCAGGGUGUCGCUGUCUGGAGCUGGACUGUUGGAAGGGGAAACCCCCAGAGGAAGAGCCCAUCAUCACCCACGGCUUCACCAUGACCACAGAGAUCCUGUUCAAGGAUGUGAUCGAAGCCAUUGCUGAGAGCGCCUUUAAAACGUCCCAGUAUCCUGUCAUCCUGUCCUUUGAGAACCACGUGGACUCGGUGAAGCAACAGGAGAAGAUGGCCAACUACUGUAAGACCAUAUUUGGUGACGCUCUGCUGACAGACCCCCUGGACAAGUACCCUCUGAAGCCAGGACAGCAGAUCCCCAGCCCAGCAGAGCUCAUGGGGAAGAUUCUGAUCAAGAACAAGAAAGGAAGUCAUGAUAAACCCAGCCAGGACAGCCCAAAGAAGACCCCAGCACCCAACCAGAACACGCUGGGCCCUGCUGCGGGCCUCUGCCAGCCUCCACCCCCCCCCUCCACCCAGGAGGGCCAAGAGGGCGAGGGGCCUUCGGAGGAGACGGAGGAACAUGAGGACCUGGAGGAGCAGGAUGAGGAAAAGAUGAAGAACUCGGAUGAGGGGACAGCGGGACAGGAAGUGACAGCGUAUGAGGAGAUGUCUGCCCUGGUCAACUACAUCCAGCCCAACAAAUUUAUUUCUUUUGAGAACGCCAAAAAGAAGAACAGGAGCUAUUCCAUGUCAUCCUUUGUGGAGACCAAAGGAGAGAGUUUGAUCUCCAAAUCUGCUGUUGAGUUUGUUGAGUAUAAUAAGCGUCAGAUGAGCAGGAUCUAUCCUAAAGGAACCAGGAUGGACUCCUCUAACUACACUCCCCAACUGUUCUGGAACGCCGGCUGCCAGAUGGUGGCGCUAAACUACCAAACCAUGGAUUUUCCCAUGCAGCUGAACAUGUCCGUGUUUGAGUUCAACGGCAGAACAGGUUACCUCCUGAAACAUGACCUCCUUCGACGCAGCGACAAGAAGUUUGACCCCUACACUGACAGAAUAGACACCAUUGUUGCCAACACACUGACCAUCAAGAUCUAUUCUGGCCAGUUCCUGUCUGACAAGAGUGUGAAGACAGGUGUGGAGGUGGAGGUCAUAGGGCUGCCAGGUGACCCCAAGAAGAAGUGCCGCACCAAGUGGUCCGCUACACAAAACGCCAUAAACCCAGUGUGGAACGAGGAACCCUUUGUUUUUGAGAAGAUCUUGUUGCCCGACAUGGCCCACCUCAGGAUCGUGGUUCAUGAGGAGAACGGCAAGUUUCUGGGGCACCGGAUCAUCCCCAUCGAGGUCCUGCAGUCAGGCUUCCAGCACAUCUGCCUGCGCAGUGAGAGCAACAUGCCGCUGUCUCUGCCGGCGCUGUUUGUGUACAUCGAGGUCAAGGACUACAUCCCUGCUGCUUUCGCAGACUUUACAGACGCCCUGUUUAAUCCAACAAAGAAUUCGGAGAAGUUGACCAAGACACAGGAGUCUGCAGAUUACGUCAGCCCGUACGAGUUGCCUCUCGUGGCCCAAACACUUAUUGACAAAGCUCCAACUGCAGCAGAACCAGAGCCCAAGACUGCAGCUGCCACCAGCCCAGAGGAGGAUGUGGAGAACCCAGAGGACCAGAUCCCCUCUCCUGCCCCUGAGGAGAACCUCCUGGAGGCUGCAGACCCCAACAUGGCCUCAGAUUCUCCCCAGGACAACCCCCCUGCAGAACCUGAUGGAGAACCUGACCCCGCUUCCAGAACCGAGGAACCGGAUGUGGACCCCAUCCCUGAUCCUGCCACCGAACCAGGAAGCACCACACCUGAGCCCCUCCCUGAUGCAAGCCCCUCCCCUGAUAGUGGAGAGACAAUCGCAGCCAAUGAACCAUCCCCUCAAUCUGAAGCUCCUCCCAACAGCAUCCCUGACUCAACCCCAAACGGCAAGCCUGUUUCAGAGGACACACCCACCCCAGAGAACGUUCCAGACACCGUCACAAGUCUGGCUUUCGUCCCUGCUGCACCUGACCCCACGGAACCAGAAUCCAGCGCAGAGCUCGACACCGUGUCCCCUGAGCAGCUGAUUCAGCACAAGAGCUUCCUGAAGUUGACCAGGAGGCAGGAGAAGGAUCUGAAGGAGCUGGAGAGGAAGUUCCAGAAGAAGGAGGAGGAACUGCUGCAGAAGUACGCAGACACCUUUAAAAACCUGAAGAAGAAGAACUCGCUGAAGAAGAAAGAGGGGGAGGGGGACGUGCCGGAGCCCAGUGCCCCGGGGAAGGUGCGGGAGCAGAAGGAGAGGCUGCAGGUGGAGCUGCGGGCCCUGAGGAUGCAGAAGAUGGACCAGACAAAGAGGAGGAAGGAGCAGAACGCCACAGAGCGGCUGGCCAAGCUGUUGGAGAUGACCACGGAGAGACACAGUUGCGAGCUGAGACAGCUGGAGAGCCAAACCAAGGACUCCAAGAAGAAAAGUGUGACGAAGCGCAGUGGAUCUGACAAGACGAGGCUCAGACGAGCGAUGAGCUGUGAGGUGCUGGAAGACUCUGCCCAGACAGACUCAGGGCAGACAACAGACAGCAGCCCUCAACAAUACGCUCUGGUGAAGAAACAGACCGCUAAUCUGGAGAGGAUCAAAGAUGUAGCUAAUCAGAAGAUCAAGAAGAGCCAACACAAUCACUCAAGCUCUCCUACCAGCCUGCACGCUCUCUUACCAGCCUGCACGCUCUCCUACCAGCCUGCACGCUCUCCUACCAGCCUGCACACUCUCCUACCAGCCUGCAAGCUCUCCUACCAGCCUGCACGCUCUCCUACCAGCCUGCACGCUCUCCUACCAGCCUGCACACUCUCCUACCAGCCUGCACACUCUCCUACCAGCCUGCAAGCUCUCCUACCAGCCUGCACGCUCUCCUACCAGCCUGCACGCUCUCCUACCAGCCUGCACGCUCUCCUACCAGCCUGCAAGCUCUCCUACCAGCCUGCACACUCUCCUACCAGCCUGCAAGCUCUCCUACCAGUCUGCACGCUCUCCUACCAGCCUGCACGCUCUCCUACCAGCCUGCACACUCUCCUACCAGCCUGCAAGCUCUCCUACCAGCCUGCAAGCUCUCCUACCAGCCUGCACGCUCUCCUACCAGCCUGCAAGCUCUCCUACCAGCCUGCACUCUCCUACCAGCCUGCACGCUCUCCUACCAGCCUGCACGCUCUCCUACAAGCCUGCAAGCUCUCCUACCAGCCUGCACACUCUCCUACCAGCCUGCAAGCUCUCCUACCAGCCUGCAAGCUCUCCUACCAGCCUGCAAGCUCUCCCACCAGCCUGCACGCUCUCCUACCAGCCUGCAAGCUCUCCCACCAGCCUGCACGCUCUCCUACCAGCCUGCAAGCUCUCCUACCUGCCUGCACGCUCUCCUACCAGCCUGCAAGCUCUCCUACCUGCCUGCACGCUCUCCUACCAGCCUGCACGCUCUCCUACCUGCCUGCAAGCUCUCCUACCAGCCUACCAGCUCUCUUAACAGCCUGCUCGGGUCUAUUUCUGGAGGAGCCAUUCUCUGAAAAAGCCGACAAAGGCUCUGAGCACUCCACUGGAAUACCAGAUAAGAGGGGUUUGGUGGAGAGCACAGGAUUUUAUCGAGCUGUGAGCAACAAUGUCUCGGUUUGA